UCAAUGUCUAUAAGUAGCAUGGUGCACCACAACAUCAUAUGCAACAUCUUCAACAUGGACAACCACAAAAUUGCUCAAAUCAUACUAUUUCUCAAUUUAGGAACUCUUCUUGUUACUAUAGCAUGUCCAACUUGUGAGAUCCCUACUCCUCCACCAAAGGUGAAACCACCACACCCCCCUAAGCCUCCGGCGCCGACACCAAAGCCAAAGCCAACGCCAACGCCAACGCCCCACGUCCCCAAACCACCGACACACCCGCCACAUGUAAAACCGCCGUACCACCCCAAGCCAACACCUACCGUCCCGCCAAAGGUCAAGCCACCACCCACGGUACCCAAGCCACCAGUCGUCCCAAAACCACCCGUUGUCACUCCCACACCGCCUGUCGUGCCUAAACCUCCAGUAGUCGAGCCACCAGUCGUACCAAAACCACCCGUUGUCACUCCCACACCGCCUGUCGUGCCCAAACCUCCCGUUGUUGAGCCACCGGUCGCUCCCACACCUCCCAUUGUCAAACCACCACCACCACCAUCAGAAACUCCGUGUCCACCACCACCACCAACGCUACCGCCACCACCACCAAAGGCAUCCGACACGUGCCCAAUCGACACCUUGAAACUAGGUGCGUGUGUUGACCUAUUGGGUGGCCUCGUGCACAUAGGGGUCGGGCCAAGCGCCAAGGAAAAGUGCUGCCCGGUGCUCGAGGGGCUAGUGGGGCUGGACGCCGCCCUCUGCCUAUGCACCACCAUCAAAGCCAAGCUUCUCAAUAUCAACAUCAUCCUCCCCAUUGCCCUAGAAGUUCUUGUUGGCUGUGGCAAAACUCCACCACCUGGAUUCCAAUGCCCUGCUUAGUUAUUAAGGUUGUUACAACUUCUUUUUAUUUCAAAAUUUCCUAAUACUUUUGUAUCAAAUGUUAUUGUUGUGUCUUGAUACCAUAAAAUGGGAUCUUAUUCAGUUUUGAAACCAAUAUUGAAUAAGAGACUACUUAGAUUGUAGACACAAGUGUUUUCUUAUGUAUUUUUUCAAUUUCAAAAUGUAUGCUAGUGUAUACAUAAAUUUCAAUUUCAGUUUCGACAA